UGAUCCAACGUCGUCAAGUCCUCAAACGUAUCGGCCAAUAUCGGCCGAAACCAUCCAAAGGAACACAGCCAUAUCGGGAAAAUCCCGAUACGUUGGAGGUGUUUCUUCUUAUAUACCCCAAUUUCCUAUUAAAGUUGGGAUCAUUGUAUAAGUGACUUAGGUUAUAUUAUCAUUGUUCUCCACAUUUUAACCAAAAACACAAAAAAUUAUGGCCUUAAUCAAACUAGUCUCCAUUUCUUCAUUACUUGUAUGCAUGAUACAAGGUAUUUAUGCCCUACAAGUUUUCGACGUGACGAAGUAUGGGGCGAAGGCUGACGGAAAGACCGAUAAUGCAAACGCAUUUUUGAAUGCUUGGGGGGCUGCCUGCGAAAUUGGAUCCGCGGGCAAAGUCUUGGUCCCUAAAGGAGCUUACUACCUUGGCCCGGUGAGCUUCCGGGGUCCUUGUGCAAAUAAUGGAUCUCCUACGAUGGAGAUCCAAGGGACAAUAGUGGCUCCUGAGGAUCUCAAUCAAAUCAAAACCGUUGGUUGGAUCGAGUUUAGAUCCCUCAAUGGACUCGCCGUCAACGGAGGUGGAACUUUGGACGGAAAAGGUACCGAAGCUUGGAAGAAGACCACUUGUCCGGGAUCAAAGUCCUGCAAGAAUCUUCCAAUUACGUUGCGCCUGAUCAAGCUCAGCAAUGCGUCCAUCACCGGUAUAACGCUCGUCGACAGUAAAGGCUUCCACAUGGCAAUUCACAUGAGCGAUCACGUUAAAGCUGCGGGAUUAAAGAUCAUAGCUCCUCAAAACAGUCCAAACACUGACGGUUGCCAUGUAAGCGGCUCGACAUUCGUCGAUAUAUCCAAUUUGUUCGUCAGCACCGGUGAUGAUUGCAUCUCCGUCGGUCCUGGGACAUAUAACUCCACCAUAUCCGGUGUGACCUGCAGUCCGGGUCACGGAAUCAGCAUUGGAAGCUUGGGCAAGUAUCCCAAGGAGAAAGAUGUGCUGGGCAUCAAAGUGAGCAAUUGCACGAUAGAGAACUCACAGAACGGUGUGAGAGUCAAGACAUGGGCUGGUCAUCAAACCACAGUUGCUAAAGACCUUUCCUUUGAGAAUAUUAUCGUGAAGAAUGUGAGCAACCCUAUAAUCAUAGACCAAGGAUAUUGCGGUUCCAAAAAUUGCCCAAAUUCGCCUUCAGGAGUGCAAAUAAGCAAUGUCGUGUUCAAGAAUAUUAUAGGAAAUUCCUCAGAAGUUGAAGCAGUGAACUUGAUUUGUAGCCCCACCAAACCUUGCAAGAAUGUGCAUCUUGAGGAUAUACACUUGGAUUUUGUCAAGAAUGGCAUAAAAUCUGGCAUCUCCUCUGUUUGCGCUAAUAUCAUGGAGAGUGUAACUGGUAACAAGAAGCCUAGUGUAUGCCAGAAAAGCUUGUAAAAUACAAGGCCAUGGUCUUCCUUUGUGAAGUUGGAUAAAAUUUACCUCGUAAAAGAAAGUAGAAAUAGUAAUAUGCGGAGGGAACCGGGUAACUGUAUUACAAUGAAGAACGUGCUUAUCAAUUUAUUCAA